AUGGGAACAGAAGACUCGAUCGAUGUCUCUACAGCGUCUUCGGCGGCAUUUGCAUUGUCCAAGUUUGAUGUUGCGGCACUACGUCGAGACUUUGAGCGACUCAGUGUUGACGAUCUAACUGCGUUGGCCAGCUUCCCGGUGGAGCCUCAUGAACUGAUCGGUCGUAUCGCGGCAGUCACGCACUGUUUGCUUCUCUCGCUUGCACCAGAACACACAACUCUCGAUCUUCGUGCUCCACCAUGGCCAAUACUGCGAAUUAAUCUGCUGGAAAAUACAACCAAAAUCUGGAGAAAAAUGCGAAAGCGAGCCUGGCAACUGGAGACUGGGUCAAAUGGCACAAGUCAGCACGAUCGCAGCGUCACUCGGUGCUUGGGUGGUGUUCUGUCUUUGCUGCUCCGUAUUGCCUAG